UACACCAAAUCACCACCACCAAAUACAAAAGAAUAUUCUCCUUCUAACUCUUCCAAAACCCCCUUGAAAAUGGCUUCCCCCACCAUUAUUCUCUCUACCAUGUGUUUGGUAUCUUUCUUCCUAGCUACCAUCUCCAAGGCCCAAAACUCCCCCCAAGACUUCGUCGAUACCCACAACAUCGUUCGAGCAGCGGUCGGUGUCGGCCCAGUCUCCUGGGACGACACCCUAGCCGCCUAUGCCCAGAAUUACGCCGAUAGUAAGAUCGAUACUUGUGAGAUGCAACACUCCAAUGGUCCCUAUGGCGAAAACCUCGCCGAGGGGUAUGACGAGAUGACGGCGGUAGAAGCAGUGAAGUUCUGGGCGACCGAGAAAAAGUUCUACAACCAUCAUUUGAAUCGAUGCGUCGGGGACGAGUGUGGCCACUACACACAAAUAGUGUGGAGGGACACUAAAAACAUAGGAUGUGCUAGAGUGAAGUGUGAGAACAAUUGGGUUUUUGUGAUAUGCAACUAUAAUCCUCCCGGCAACUAUAUAGGCCAACAUCCUUACUGAAAUCGAAUUAUAAAAGUUGACUUUAUAAGAAAAAAUUAUAUGAUGUUGGUAUUGAUAGUAUGCAUUUUUAUUUGCAUAUAUGUAUAAGAAUAUUAAAUAGUUACAUGAAAUAAAAUAUAUGUAU